AUGCAGUCAGUGGCACAGUAUGGGAGGAUUGUCGCCCGAGCCAUUGCUGCGGGAAUUCAUAACGAAUUUCAACUGAAGAGUCCGUUUGACAAGCCGAAAGAACCGCUUCACUUGGUGACUGGCGCUUCAGGGUUUUCUAAGUCUUUGACCAAAUCAAGCAAUUUUACUAAGUGGACUUUUGGGGACGAUGCUUAUUUCAUCUCUAGGAACAGAUAUGCUGAUGUUAUAGGAGUGGCAGACGGCGUUGGUGGUUGGAGGAACUAUGGGAUUGACCCAUCCACGUUUCCACGGACACUGAUGAUGGUGUGUGAGAGGAUGGUCCGGGAAGGCCACUGUCUACCUCAGUCCCCUGCCAAGAUCAUCGCUGCCGGCUACAGCGAGAUGAUGGAACAGAAAGUGCCAACUUUGGGCAGCAGCACAGCUUGCAUCGUAUCCCUCCACCGAGAGGAGCGCACAAUUUACUCCGCCAACUUGGGUGACAGUGGAUUCUUAGUGAUCCGAGAUGGAGAAGUGGUCCACCGCUCCACCGAACAACAACAUUACUUUAACACUCCAUACCAACUGGCAGUGGCGCCACCGUCACAAGAUGGCCAGUGGCUCAGUGAUAGCCCUGAGAUGGCAGAAAGCUCGUCUUUCAAGGUAGAGGAUGGAGACAUCUUAAUGCUGGCAACAGACGGCCUCUUUGAUAACCUCAGUGAAGAUAUGAUUCUCCGAACUCUUGCCUCACUUCAUUCUCACAAAGAGGAAGAGAGGAUACAGCACGCGGCCACUAGCAUCGCAGAACACGCUUACAAUCUGUCAUUAGACCCCGACUACAUGUCUCCAUUUGCCCUUUCUGCCAGCAGCAUUGGUAUCGAUUUGACGGGGGGUAAGCCAGACGACAUCACCUGUAUAGUGGCCAGAGUAACAUCACAGUCUGAUAUCUUCAUGUGA